UGGAACGCUGUCUGGGCUGGAGUCCAGCAACUGCCGCCACCUGCAACGACACCACCCGCAAUGGCCGCCCUGUUCCGCGUCAAGGCGCUGUACGAGUACUCGUCGCCGCACGAGGACGACCUCAACUUCCCCGCCGGCCAGGUCAUUGCCGUCACGGACGAGGAUGACGCCGACUGGUACGGCGGCGAGUACGUCGACGACGCCGGCGUCAAGAGGGAGGGCAUCUUCCCCCGCAACUUUGUCGAAAAGUUCGAGCCCGUGGCGCCCCCGCGACCCGUGAGGAAGCAGAAGCAGGAGACCGACGCCGCCGCUGCUGCUCCCGCUGCCCCCCCUCCGGAGGCUCCCGCCGACGACGCGGCUGCGCGAUCGACACCGCCGCCCGUUGACGUGGCCUCAGAGCUCUCGCCGAAGCGAGUCGCGGAGCCCGUCAAGCAUACCCAGCCGGCAGAGCCUCCUGCUCCCGCUCCCGCUCCCGCACCGCCCGUGCCCGUGCCCGCGCCUGCUGCCGCCUCGGCUCCCGCACCCCCGCCAGCAGCAGCUCCCGCUCCAGUCCCGGUGCCUCUGCCAACCUCGCCCAAGCCUGCUGACGCUCCGGCCUCGACCGCUCCAGCUGGCGGCGCUCCGAAACCCAAGGCCGCCCCUCCGCCGGUGUCUGAGAAGCCCAGUUCCUUCAAAGACCGCAUUGCAGCGUUUAACAAGUCAGCCGCGCCCCCCAUUGCGCCCUUUAAGCCCAGUGGCCUCGGCGGCGCUGGCGCAUCGAGCUUUAUCAAGAAGCCAUUCGUGGCCCCGCCCCCGAGCCGAAAUGCAUUCGUUCCCCCUCCUCGCGAGGCCCCCGCGGCCAGAGUCUACCGAAGAGACGAAGAUCCCGAAGUCAAGGAGCAGGUGGCCGAGACCCAGGGGCAAGCUGAGAAGGCCGGAUUGAUUGCUCCCGAAACUCAGAAAGAGGACGAAGAAGACCAGCCCAAGCCUACCAGCCUCAAGGAGCGCAUUGCUCUUCUCCAGAAGCAGCAGAUGGAGCAGGCCCAACGCCAUGCUGAUGCGCUGGCCAAGAAAGAGAAGCCGAAGAAGCCGCCGCCACCUAAGAAGCGCGUGGAUUCGCAAGCUUCUGUUCCUCCCGAGGCUGCGGAAGGGUCCGAGGCGCCCGAACGGAAAUCCACUGAUGAAUCUGCCCCGAGGGCCUCGCUGGAGGCCACUCCCUCUGAGCCGGCUCCCCUACCGCCGCGACCCCAACCUGAGCCUGGUGCGACGGAGUCUACUGCAGAAGAAGCUGCUAAUGGUGCAGCCGCAGAAGCCGAUGCUGACGACAAUGCUUCAAGACGACUUUCGAAAGUCCCGACUGCCUCAUCUUCCGCUGCUCCCGCUGCUGACGUAGAACAGCCAGCGGCAGAGGAAACAGUGGAGGAAGAGCAGGAAGAGGAGGAGGAAGAGGAAGAAGAGGAGGAAGUCGACCCGGAAGUCAAGCGCAGAGAGGAGCUUCGGGCGCGCAUGGCCAAGAUGAGCGGUGGAAUGGGUUUCCACGGCAUGUUUGGUGCCCCAGCACCUCCUAUGGGGGGUGGCCUGCCGAAGAAGAAGGCACCCAAGCCGCCCACAAAGUCGGCCGUCACGCGGGAAGAGGAUGUCACUCCGCCGCCGCGCGCUCCUCCUGUUCCCACCAUGAUGGCGCUCCCGGGCAUGGGACUUCCAGUUAAGCCCGCCGAAGAGACAGCAAAAUGCUACCCCUCCUCUGCGGAACACAGAGCACCGCCGCCUGUGCCCCAAGAAGACUUGUCUGCUCCUCCAGUUCCCUCAGCGUCCCGUCCGCCGCCCCCUCCCGUUCCUGCCGGAGCUCGAUCGCCCCCGCCCCCUCCUCCGGCUGCCGCUCCUAUUAACACAGCUACAGAGGGAUCCGAAUCUGACGAUGAACUCUCCAAUGGGGCCCGUGAGGGCAAUGAAUCGUCGGCCUCUGCAUUGAGAUCCCCGAUCCAACCUCCCGUCCAGUCGUUCGAGGCGUCGCUUCCUCCGCAAUCGCCGCCCCGACCUGGUGCAUUCUCGCCAACGUCUCCAACCAGCAAACGUGCUAGCAGACCCCCGCCUCCUGUGCCGGGCGCUGCGUCCAUGCUUGCUGCGGUAACAUCUCGCCCACCGCCGCCUCCACCACCCAGUGCGCCAAGCCGACGAUCCACGGCGGACUUUGAAGUUGCCUCGCCGACUAGGCCUGCACAGGCAGGAGAAGAGAUUGGAGAGGCAACAGAGUAUGAGGGUGACUACGAUACGGACAUUGCUUCAUCUGUACCUCACAAGGAUGCUUUGGCGGCGAAUGAUCAAGAAUCUAGCCUGGAAGAGACCAGCCUUCAGUCGCCCUUCACCGACGUACCGCCAGACGCGCCUCCUCCACCCCCGGUUGCUUCGACGCCGAGAGCAGCUCCUCCGCCUGUGCCGCAGUCUCCGCCCCUGCCGAGGAGAUCGAACGAUCUAUCUCGUUCUGAAAGCCACGAUGCUCUGUUCAUCUCCAACGCGAGUGCGCCUAAGCCAGAAGAUGUCGCGGAAUCUCCGAUUGUCGAGGAGCCGACUGCACUCUCAUCUGACAACUCGAGAGCUGUGUCGCCGCCCGAUCGAAGGGUCCCGCCUCCGAUAGGUGCGCGUCCGCGAACCUCUGCCGAUCUGCCCAGGCCCAGUCUGAGCGCUCCCAGGAGAUCAAUUGACCACCACCGCCCGUCGAUGGACUCUGGCUUUAUCGCGGGAGAUAUUGAUUUGGCGGUGCAGAGCGGCUGGUGGAAGCAGUCGAACCAAGUCCCUCCGGUCCUCCAGGGCAGAAAGGACAUCUACUUUGAGUGCGACGAGUCAACCACGACGAACCAAGGCGAGAAGACGAUCAUCAGCAGAGAAACAUUCAUCCUGUUCCAAGAUUAUUCGCAGACCAUUCUCACGGCCCGCUACGAUCCCUAUGACCCGUCUAAUGUCGAGCUAGAGCAACGGCACGAGGGUCCUCCCAAGGCGAUGCGACAAGACCAGAUGGAGGAAGCCUACGACACUUUUGGUCGAAAAAUCAUUGCAGCGGCCAGUGCCAAGAAGGACCAGGUUGUGGGCGACGGUACCGCGGCGAGCUUUGUUCUGGAAAUGAUCCGACCACUAGAGGAUGCCCUGCUGCCUAUUAGCACUAGAUCGUACGGUGCCCUCGUCUACGCCAACAUGGCCAACGCUUCCACCCAGCAGCACGAUGUCAUUCGUCCCGGCGACAUCAUCACCAUCCGUAAUGCCAAGUUCCAAGGGAAGCACGGGCCCAUGCAUGCCAAAUACACCAGCGAGGUUGGCAAGCCAGACCACGUGGGCAUCGUAGCCGAGUGGGAUGGCACCAAGAAGAAGGUGAGGGCCUGGGAGCAGGGCAGAGACGGCAAGAAGGUGAAGCAAGAAAGCUACAAGCUGGAUGACCUGAGGAGCGGUGAGGUCAAGAUCUGGCGCGUGGUUUCUCGCAGCUGGGUCGGCUGGCAGAAGAAGCUCUCUUAGU